GUAGUCUCAUCACAGACGGUGGGAAAGAGCAUGGGAAGUUCAAGAUCUAGGAUCCCACUGAGGUCUCCUUUAAGGAGGCUAAUGGAUGCCUGGUACUGGGACAAAUUGCCCAUCCAGGCGGGAAUGUGUAAGAAGCGUGUGCGCAAGUUACACAGGAGUGGACUUUGCUCAGGGAUGAAGCAGGAAAAACCAGUUCGGCUAAAUAAAGUUAUGUUCCUUUUGAAAAAGGGCAGUUCCUGGAAUAACAGCUCCCCCAAUCUCCCCCCGGGACCCAGGACCAUACCCAUUUUGGGAAAUCUGCACAUGGUGGAUCUGAAGAGGCCUUACAGAACAAUGAUGGAGUUGUCCAAAAAAUAUGGUCCCAUUUUCCGCAUCAGACUGGGAUUCCAGGAGAUGGUGGUGCUGACUGGCUAUGAGACAGUCAAAGAGGCUCUAGUGAACCAGGCAGAUGCAUUUGCGGAGAGAGCCUCCAUCCCCUUUUUAGAGGAUUUUGCAAAGGGCUUUGGACUUAUUUUUUCACAUGGUGAGAACUGGAAAGUGAUGCGACGGUUCACAUUAUCCACAUUACGGGACUAUGGAAUGGGUAGGAGGACCAUUGAAGACAAAAUCAUUGAAGAGUGUAGUGUCUUGACAAAAACAAUUAAGACUUAUGCAGGGAAACCAUUUGAGAUCACAACAAUUAUGACUGCUGCUGUUUCCAAUAUCAUUGUUUCUAUUCUACUUGGGAAGCGCUAUGACUAUGAAGAUGCUACAUUUCUACGACUUAUGGAUAUAAUCAGUGAAAAUAUACGGCUUUCAGGGAGCCCAAAUAUAUCACUAUAUAACAUGUUUCCCACACUGGGCUUCCUUUUGGGUUUUCAUAAAAAAGUAAUGAAUAACAGAAAGGAGUUCCAUGAUUUCAUACAGUCUACCUUCAUAGAAUAUCUCAAAAAACUUGAUGAAAAUGACCAGAGGAGUUUUAUUGAUUCAUUUCUUAUUCGACAAAGAGAGGAGAGUAAGAAGAUGACUAAUGGAUAUUUCCAUAAUGAAAAUCUUAAAGCUAUUUCGGGUAACUUAUUUGGUGCUGGUACAGAAACAACUGCUAACACUCUGCGCUGGGCCAUACUCCUGAUGAUGAAGUACCCAGAAAUCCAGAGUAAGGUCCAAGAAGAAAUUGCAAAAGAGAUUGGGGUUCGUCAGCCAAGGACAGACGACCGAGCCAAAAUGCCUUACACCAAUGCAGUAAUUCAUGAAAUUCAAAGAUUUGCUGAUAUUAUUCCAGCCAACUUGCCACAUGCAACCACCAUGGACAUAACUUUCAAAGGCUUCUUCAUCCCCAAGGGUAUGCAUAUUGUUCCAUUGCUAUCAUCAGUGCUCCAUGAUGAGUCUCAGUGGGAGAAACCCUAUGAAUUCUAUCCUGAGCAUUUUCUUGAUUCUGAAGGAAAAUUUGUGAAAAGAGAUGCAUUCAUGCCUUUUUCUGCAGGUCGGAGAGUAUGUGCAGGUGAGAACCUUGCCAAAAUGGAGCUCUUCCUCUUCUUCACCAGCCUCCUGCAGAAAUUUACCUUCCAGACACCCCCGGGAACAUCUAAAGAUGACCUGGAUCUAACACCUGCAAUUGGAAUUACAACCCCUCCUAUGUCUUACAAGACCUGUGCUAUUCCAUGUUCAUAAGACAAAAGGCCUUCGUGAUAGCCAUUUCUCAGCCUUGGAUAAUGUGAUUCUGUAUGGUCUUGGCUUAAGAGGCUGUCUGAAACUGUACUAUAAUGAUUUGCAUGCACACAAAAUCUAGAUUCCGAGAGUGAAAAGAGUAGGGAAAUCAUGCUAAGUAAUUUGUACUCUUAUUGAUUAUUUUGUUUUGUUACCUUUUAUCUUUUACUAUUUUUUAUCCUCUUCAGUUUUGUUAGUUCUGCUUUUUGUUAUUUAAGCAAUAUAGGUUUUUCCACAAUAAUUCUAAAUACAUAUAAAUGCAUUUGUUUGUUACAGAUUAUCAAUGUUAGCAAAAAAAAAAAAACCAAUAAUAAUUGAAAAAGUCCAGAUUCUAAACUGCUUGGCUUCAAUGUUAUGCUGUGGACAUAGUAUACCUGGGUUUCAAUAAGUCAUUUGACAGUGUAGAAUACAAUCUAUUUCUUGCUAAGCUAGAAAAAUGUGGGAUAGACAGCAUCACCACCAAAUGGAUUUAUAACUGGCUGACAAACUACACUCAUGUAGUCCUUAAUAGAACUACAUCUACAAUCAUUUAUAAAGAUAUUGAAGUUUACUAGGCCUAAAAUAGAACCUUAGGGUACCCCCGCUGCAAAUUUGAUGAGGUUCCUUUCUCUAGUUCCAACUACAUGUAGUUACUUACAACUACUUAAUGGAACUACAUCUAUACAGAGGGAGGUAAGCAGUGGGGUACCCCAAGGUUCUGUUUUAGAUUCAGUAAUCUUCAAUAUCUUUAUACGCAAUUUAAUUGAGAGAAGAGAAGAGGAACUCAUCAGGUUUGCAAUGACACAAAGCUGGCAAGAAUAGCCAACAGCCCUGAUGAUAGGCUUAUGAUCUAGAUAAAAUCUUGGCAGACUUAAACACUGGGCCCUAUCUAACAAAAUGAAAUUCAGUGUAGAUAAAAGUAAGGUUUUAAACAUAGGCAAGAAAAACCAAAUGUACAGGUACAGAUUAGGUGAAACAUGACUCAAUAGCAGUAACUGCAAGAGAGAUCUUGGGGUCCUAGUGGACAAUCACUUAAAUAUGAGCUAACAGUGUGCUGCAGCCACCAAAAAAAGCUAAUGCAAUCCUAGUGUCAGACCCUCAGUGCAUUUCCAAUUACUGCCAUUCUGUUGAGCGGGGGGGGGGGAGAUUCUGUGGGCUCUGAGAUGUAUUUCUUUUGCUUUGUUCUAUCUUCUUUGAAGUGAUGCUUUCUGGGUGUAAAAAGUGGAAGGGAUGUGCCUGCAGCCAUCUGCCUUAUCUCCGUUUGGAUGAGAUGGGACCACGGAAACCUUGGGAACUGCAUUUUAUUGCUCUGGUUCUCAUAACAACUUCACACCUAUGAAUUGGCUAAAAUCAAACCGGAUAGUUGGACACUGGGGAAGGGUUUGAAAGGGCAGUUUUAAUAUGACAUUUUGCGUGGGAAGAAUUUAGAUAUUGCCUUGCUUUAUAGCAAUCACUAACCCUCAGUAAAAGUUCUUGUUGAAACAA